GGAGCCGGGCGGAAGCGGGGCGCGCCGGCGGAGCGGCGCCGCGCCGAGCCCAUGGCCGCGCUCAAGUACGCGGGGCUGGAGGACACGGACAGCGAGGAGGAGCUGCCGCCGGGCUGGGAGGAGCGCACCACCAAGGACGGCUGGGUUUACUACGCCAACCACCUUGAAGAAAAAACACAGUGGGAACAUCCUAAGUCUGGGAAGAGGAAACGUGUUGCAGGAGAUCUGCCAUAUGGAUGGGAGCAGGAGACUGAUGAAAAUGGACAAGUCUAUUUUGUGGACCAUAUAAACAAAAGGACUACCUACCUUGACCCAAGACUGGCCUUUACAGUAGAAGAUAAUCCAGUAAAACCUACUACUAGACAAAAAUAUGAUGGGAACAGUACUGCAAUGGAAAUUCUGCAGGGUCGUGACUUGAGUGGGAAAGUGGCAAUAAUCACAGGAGCCAAUUCAGGAAUAGGUUUUGAGACUGCCAAGUCCCUGGCCCUGCACGGGGCGUGUGUCAUCCUGGCGUGCAGGAGCCCGGCGCGAGGCGAGGCGGCCGUGCAGCGCAUCCUGGGGGAGUGGCAUAAAGCCAAGGUAGAGGCAAUGACCUUAGACCUUGCUUCUCUUCAGAGUGUGCAGCACUUUGCUGAAGCAUUCAAAUCCAAGAAUCUAGACAUUCCCCACUGGAUAUUUCCACCGGGAGUGAAUGAGCUCCAUCUUCCUUCCUUGUCAAGACAGUGCUAACGUUAGGAUGAGAAUGGGAAAAGAGAUCUCAGUGCACCUAAAUGGCUGGACUUGUUCAAGUUGCUUCUUUAAUAUGUAUCAAGUCUUUCCCCUCUGCUGGUUUCCAGCUCAGGCAGUUCAUUGAAUGUCUCUGUUAUGGAAAGUCAAAUAAAUGAUCUGUUUAUAAUAAUGUUCUGGGCUAAGAUGGAUUUGGCAUGAGCUGUUUUUUGUGCAGCUGGCAGAGGCAGACCAACCAAUCUUUCAUAUUAGUGUUUUGGAACUAAGAAACACAGAAUUGAAUCUGCUAUUCAUUGAGUGGGCAUGAUGUGAGGAAUGAUGGUUGGUAUUAAUCCCCCUUACAGACAAAAUGACAACUCUCCUGUGAUUGUAUAGAACACAGCAUUGGAAUUCAGUCAGGGGCAGAGUUGGGUGGUUCAGGGUCUGUGGAAUUGGUGUUUGUGUAGGAGUGGAGACUUGUGGAUGUGGCACCUUGGUUUCUAUUUCUCAGUUUGAUCAUACCAUACUUGGCUGAAAGCUGCAUACUUUAACUGGGGGACAGCACUGAUGUUUCAGUUCUAAAACUCCCAGGACUGGACCUGUUGCCAAUAUUUGCAGCCAUGGUGUCCUGGCAUUUGCCCAGACCUCAUCAAAAGAGCACUUCCAUGAUCAAAACAGCAGGCAGGAGUGAGCAGUAAAGUUAUAGAUGAAAUUUUAUGUGCAUUUGUACUUUUCAGUGGUGCAUGGUGCCACUUGGUUUGAAUUAAAGUUAUCGUCUGCCAAACAGUAAGGCUUUAAUUUAAUGUUCUCAAUGUUUGAGAGAAAAAAGCUGAAGUAAUCCUGAAAAAUCUUGAAUUACUCCAAAGACAUGAAAUAAUGUUUGCCAAUAGCUACUGCUUAGAAUUUUCUGAAUUGUUAGGAGCAAUUCACAAUUAUGCAGGACUUCCAGAUGUAGAUCUUCACUGCAGUUACUUUCCUAUACUUUAAAACAAGAUUUUUAUUUUGUGGUAAGAAUUGGCAUAUGCUAACAGUUUACUCACUAAUGAUGUGUGUAGAAAUAUGGAAAAGACAGCAGUUAUGAAUUAUGGCUCUCCAUUUGGAAGUUUAGUCUUUUCUUAUUUUCCUAACCAGACCCAGAAUGGAGUGGGCCAGGUUUUCAGCUGGCCUCCUUAGCUGAGGCCCCAAACUCUGUAGCUGCAUUCAUUUUUCAUGCUGCAGGCAGAAGUGUGCUGAAACCUUGCAGGUGCAAUUAAGAUUUCGGAGCCUGAUGAAAAGUCAAUCCAGAAUAUUAUUUUUCUGCAUUUUCUUAUUAUAACUGACAUAUUGCAGGUGUUUUUUUUUAAUUCCAGUUGAAUGACAAAUCAUAGAUACUGUGUGUUAAAUUCUAUGCAUACCUGAGCAUACAUAUGUAAAAAUGGGAUCUGCUUAGCAAGUUGUUACAAAUAUACCUUAAAAGGUCUGGAAAAAAAAUAAUAUAUGAUUCAGAUGAAUUAUCAGUCGUGCCAUUAUGCCAACAUGUUUAAUGAUUGUAUAGUCCAUGUAUCUCUAUCAGACAUGAUUGUUGCCACUGCUUAUUGUCUUUCCAAACCUGAACAUGUUUUAUAUCACUGUACAACUCUGUUAACUCUUUGCCAUUAAUAGAAUUACUUUCUGUGAAUAAAAACUAGUGACAGUUAGAUUUUACAUUUGUUUUCUCAGCUUAGAGUAUGGUUGGCAUCCUGGCAGUGCCACCAAGGCACAAACUUCUGGACAAUAUUGUGCAUUUUGAGAUAUCAAAAAAUACCCUAAUUGAAUUAGGAAACAUGCAUAGUUCAGAAGUUACUGUUGCAGACAGCACAUAUCAUAAAUUUAAAUAAGAUCAAAGGCUGACUACAUUUGAAACGUACAUAAUAAUAUUAGGGUAAUUUUUUUUUUUCUCUUUGUGGUAAUGCUGUGCCUUAUUAAAGCCUAGGGAUUGGUUUUCUGCAUAAAUAGUUUUUCUUUUUCUUCUUUUUCUUCUUUCUUCUGUUUUAAACUCUUGUACACAAUUACCCCUUUGUGGUAGCAUGUGUCAAGUCAUGUGGAUCCAAAAACUAUUUCCAAUACUUUAUAAAUUAAAAAUCUCAAAAUCUUAUGUUCUUCCCCCUUUUCCUGGAGGCAGAGAUCCUGAAGUUUUAAUCAGAUCACCUUUCCUUUCAUCUGCUCUAUCACGGAAAUACUUUUUGCCUCAGAAUAUUUAAUUUUUUUUGUUUUAAGUAAAGUCCAUAUUACUUCACCAUUACUUUGGACACUUUGCACUCACUUCACUCUGCCCUAAUGAAGAAACCUUUGCUCCCUGGUUGUUCUGGUGCACAUUUUCAGCCAUUUCUGUGCCUAAAUCCAGGGUGAGUCUAAGAUAGCUUGGGGCUCUGUUUUCUUAAAAAAAUCCACAAGAUGCACCAGCUGUGAAAGCUGUUUUGAGCAUCUAAAUAAGUAAAAUAUGUAUGAUUAAUAUGAUUAAUAACUGAUUAAAACAUAUUCUGUCACAAAUAUACCAAGGAUCUUUGAGCAUUAUGGAUUAAUGGGUUUUGAGAAGCUCUGUGCAUUUAAUUGAUGUUGCCUUCUAAAAUUCUGAAUUAUAAGGCCAGAGUAUUUAAUUACAUAUACAUUAAAAUAUAUUUAGUCUAUUUAGUUAAAUGCUUUCUAGAGGAGAUAAUUAAAACACAGAAGGCAGAGUCUUCUGCUACUUGGGUAGAGAAGCAUCACUGCAGGCCUGAGAAUGGCCACGGAUCUUAGAAUCCAAAAAUUUGUGUAAUAGACUGAGAAGGUUGUGUUUCUUUAUUAGCUGUUGCCCAAAAUCCCAGAGGAUGUCAAAGUACAUUAAUUUCCAUCACAGCAUGGAAUCUUUCAGGUCUGAAUGGCAGCACACAGCUGCUGUAGGGCUGUGUGUGAAUUCUGUUACAGCUCUAUAAUCUCUGGGCAAAACAGGGAAGAGUCAUUGGCAAGUGAAAUGUUCAAACUCCUUGAGGUGUUUUAUUCUUUGAAUGAUCCACCAUGGUUCCAAAAACGUUUUCCAAGGGUUUAGCUGUUUUCAAGUGAAAAUAUUACAAAUAUGUAAUAAAAGUAGUAAUAGAU